CUUUAGAGUCCAAACUUUACCCACAGCACCUCUAAUCCCCCAAUUAGGAGUACACAUUUUACGAACCUCGAACAACCACUGGCCGACGACUAAGUAGAAGUAGUAUCCUGAAACAGAAGUAAUCAGUGCAUCCACCACCACCACACCCAGCCAGCUUCUCCGGCCACCGUGCAUCCCGCAAACUUGGCCUGACAGAAUCUCGUGCUCUUCUCCGGCGGUGCCGGACGCGUGAUGGGGUUCUCUCUGUACCCCAUGAAGACAUCCACGCGCAUGCUGUGGAGCACCAGCUUCUUCCGCCACAAGUUCCCGGCCGCCGCCGCCUCCUCCUUCUAAUCAAGCUAGUUCAGGCCCGCAGGUCGCCUCCGCGUUUCAGAAGGAGGUGGAGGAGCGCGUGGUGCGCACACGUAUAUAUAAUCAAAGUGUUCUUGAAAGGGUUGUCCAUGGAAUCCGGCCGCCUCAUUUUCAGCUCCGCCGCGCCAUGCCGCGCUGCCGGCGCCGGAGGCGGGCAGAUGAUGCUCUUUGGGGGGAGUGGGAGCUUCCUUGGAGGCUCGCCGGUGGUGGCCAGCGUGGAGGAUGGGCGGCGGAAGCGGCCGUUCCUGACGACGCUUGACGAGGAGCUCCAGCUGGACGACGAGAUGUACGGGUACUACGGACUGGACGAUCACGCGCCGGAGAGGAAGCGGCGGCUGACCGCUGAGCAGGUGGUGGCGCUGGAGCAGAGCUUCGAGGAGGAGAAGCGGAAGCUCGAGCCGGAGCGGAAAAGCGAGCUGGCGCGGCGGCUGGGGAUGGCGCCGCGCCAGGUGGCCGUGUGGUUCCAGAACCGCCGCGCUCGCUGGAAGGCAAAGCAGCUCGAACACGACUUCCAUGCCCUCAGAGCCGCCCACGACGAGCUCCUCGCCGGACGCGACGCGCUCAUGGCAGACAACCACCGCCUCCGUUCUCAGGUGACCUCGCUGACCGAGAAACUGGAGGAGCGAACCGCCGCGUCAGUCACGGAACAUGCCGGUGAAGCAGAAGCAACGCUAGCUGUUCAGCUGAAAGAAGACUACGCCGCCUGUGCCGAGACAAAAUCCUGCAACGGCGCGGCGGCGGCGGCACUGGCCGGUUUUGCCGGGAGUGCCAACGACAGCCCGGAGUCCUACUCCUACUUCGCCGACGCGCGCUCGCCUCCGUCGUCCUCGGACGACGACUGUGCCGGAGCGGUCAGCGGCGAGCUGGGCGGCUGCGCCUUCUACCUCCCGGACGCCAUGCUCGACGUCGUCGCCCUGGAGCGCGAGAGCGUUGAAAGGGAGGAGGACGAGGACGCGCAGCUCAAUAACUGGGCGUGGUUCUGGAGCUGAUCGAUCAGGAAAUUAGCAUACCUCUCAUCUUUUGUUUUGGAAUAAAAAAUCAGCAUACCCGUGCGCUGAGCCGCUGACGACAUGUCAAAUGUUUAUUCCAUUGGCAAAAGUGUUACACUCUCCUAUCCAUAAUAACUGUCCAAGGCUUAGUUUAGAUCAGAGGAAGUAUAUAUUUGCUAGGACUGUUAAUUGUUUGUACGAUUAGCAGCGGAUUUAUAGUGAAUUAAUUGUACUAUGAUACUACGGGCUUACUUAAUCA